AUGGCCACCAGGACAAUCCCCGCGUCCGUAACACGGCGCCUGCUCACGACGCCGCCAUGCACGCGCCUGGCAGCCCGGCCAUUUGUGCGUGCGCCAUUGCGGCUGCGAGGCGUUUCAGAAUGCCCCCGUCCAGCCGCCCGGAUUGCUGGCCAGAGAAGAAACCUCUCCACAACGCCUCGCACACGGCUCGCUGCCGUAGACGACACAUUCGACCCGAAAUCCAUAGAGCGAGAGACUGACGAGGUGGAUGUGCUGAUUGUGGGCGCCGGCCCGGCCGGUUUGUCGGCUGCCAUCAAGCUGAAGCAGCUGGCAACCGCAGCUGGCAACGAAGACUUCAGGGUCUUGGUACUGGAAAAGGCGGGCGAAGUGGGAGACCACAUUGUUUCGGGGAAUGUCAUCGAGCCCACUGCACUCGACGAGCUGCUGCCCGACUGGAGGUCUGAAGACAACCUGAACCGCUUUGCCGACAUUACGCCCGCCAAAGAGGACCACAUGUACUUCAUGACCAAGGACCGCGCAAUACCCCUCCCAAAGCCCCCGCAGAUGAACAACCACGGCAACUUCAUCAUAAGCUUGAACCAGAUGGUCAAGUGGCUUGGCGAACGCGCCGAGGAAGCUGGCGUAGAAGUUUAUCCUGGAUUUGCGGCGUCCGAAAUACUGUACAAUCAUGAGGGCGUUGUACAGGGCGUAGCCACCAAUGAUCUCGGCAUCUCACGCGAGGGAACGCCAAAGGACUCGUUUGAGCGAGGAAUGGAGUUUCACGCCCGCGUCACAUUGCUUAGUGAAGGCUGUCACGGCAGCCUGACAAAGCAAGUCAUCAAGAAAUACGACCUGAGGCGUGACAGCCAGCACCAAACGUAUGGCCUUGGCAUCAAAGAGGUCUGGGAGAUCCAACCUGAAAAGUUCAAGUCCGGGCUCGUGGUGCAUUCCAUGGGCUACCCGCUUCCCAAAGAUACUUAUGGCGGUGCCUGGAUGUACCAUUUUGGUGACAAUUUGGUCAGCAUCGGCUUGGUGGUUGGCCUAGACUACCCGAAUCCGUGGUUGGCGCCGUAUGGCGAGUUUCAAAAGAUGAAACACCAUCCAUACUACCAGAACAUCUUGGAGGGUGGCAAGUGCAUCUCCUACGGCGCAAGGACCCUGGUUGAAGGCGGUUUCCAGUCCAUUCCUAAACUGGCCUUCCCUGGUGGUGCCCUCCUUGGAGAUGCGGCAGGGCUGCUCAAUCUUCCCAAAAUCAAGGGCACCCACAAUGCCAUGAGAUCAGGAAUGCUGGCCGCGGAGGCGACUUGGGACGCUCUUCAAGCCAACGCAGACGGUGGUACCGUCUUCUUGUACGACUACGAAGACAAGAUGCGCAAGUCGUCCAUCUGGUCAGAGUUGAAGACAGUCCGCAACAUGAGACCGUCUUUCCAUUCUCCUUUGGGCGUGUACGGAGGCAUCCUGUACUCGGGACUAGAGGCAUAUGUCCUCCGAGGCAAAGCACCUUGGACAUUGAAGCAUGGCAAGCCGGACCACGCAGCGACAAGGCCUGCCGACGAGUGCCAGAAGAUCGAAUACCCCAAGCCUGAUGGCAAGAUAAGCUUUGACAUAUUGACGAGCGUCAGCCGUAGCGGUACAAACCAUGAAGAAGACCAGCCCUGCCACCUCCAGGUAAAGGACCUUGACGCGCAUGCCCAGAGGGAGUGGCCCAAGUACAAGGGUGUCGAGAACCGUUUCUGUCCCGCAGGCGUCUACGAAUACGUCGAGGAUAGCAGCAAAGAUUUGGGCGUCCGAUUCCAAAUUAACGCUCAAAACUGUGUCCACUGCAAAACAUGCGAUAUCAAAGUGCCGGAUCAGGACAUCAACUGGCAGACACCCCAAGGCGGAGAAGGACCGAAGUACGUCCUGACUUAG